GGGAUCAGGACCAGCCUGGAACCUUAAUCCACUUCGUCUUUCACAUCCAAAUGCUGUUGAUGAAAAGGCUUCAGGGUCUUCUGAGACUGAAGUCAUUCAUGGUGAUUGGCAAGAACCGUUGUCAGCUUCUGGACCUGAAAGUGAAGACGGGGAUGAUAUCUGGAAGGAGACCAGGGAAUCCUUCAGCUUCUUCAAGUGUAGUAAACGGUGUUACCACAAGGGGUUUCUGCAGAAACACAUGAGGUGUCAUUUUGGAAAAAUAUCCUCCAGCUAUUUGGUUAGAAAGAAAUGCUUUAGAGAGAAGCCAAAGAAAGAAUCACGGCGAAGAGGUCUAACAGGAGAGAAACCAUUCAGUUGUGAUGUUUGUGGGAUGAAAUGUACAACCCAGGGAUCUCUGAAGAUUCACAUGUUAGUACACACAGGAGAGAGACCAUUCAGUUGUGAUGUUUGUGAGAAAGGAUUUACACAACAGGGCUCGCUGAAGACACACAUGAGAAUCCACACAAGAGAGAAACCAUUCAGUUGUGAAGUUUGUGGGAAAAGAUUUACAGCACAGGGAAGUGUAAAUAUACACAUGAGAGUUCACAAAGGAGAGAAACCAUUCAGUUGUGAUGUUUGUGGGAAAAGAUUUACAGCACAGGCAAGUGUGAAGAUACACAUGAGAGUCCACACAGGAGAGAAACCAUUCAGUUGUGAUGUUUGUGGGAAAAGAUUUGCAGUACAGGGCCAUUUAAAGUCACACAUGAGAGUCCACACAGGAGAGAAACCAUUCAGUUGUGAUGUUUGUGGGAUGAAAUGUACAACCCAGGGAUCUCUGAAGAUUCACAUGUUAGUACACACAGGAGAGAGACCAUUCAGUUGUGAUGUUUGUGAGAAAGGAUUUACACAACAGGGCUCGCUGAAGACACACAUGAGAAUCCACACGAGAGAAACCAUUCAGUUGUGAAGUUUGUGGGAAAAGAUUUACAGCACAGGGAAGUGUAAAUAUACACAUGAGAGUUCACAAAGGAGAGAAACCAUUCAGUUGUGAUGUUUGU